GGAAGAAGUAUCGUGGAUAGGUUCAGUACGUAGCAAGUCUACCAAGUAUACUCAGCUUUCUAUGAAGUUCUUUCACCGCUAGGCAGGCAAGGAAGGCAAGGUACACGUUGUAUUUGUUUCUAUUUUUGACGAAAAAUUUGGUUGGCUUCUAUUUGUGAUUAUUGUGGGAGUAAAUAGUGAAUUUAAUGAAAUACUCUAUUACUAUUUUAUUCUUAAAGACGUUAUUCUACAAAGGAUGAUGUUCACGUCAAAUGAGAAGAUUCGAAAAAGCGGGGGUGCAGAGCCUGACGCUUUCGAAAGCUCAAUAUGCCAAGCUUUAUGGGAUUUGGAAAUGAGCAGUGACCUUAAAGCUCAGCUUAGGGAACUGUACAUUACCAAAGCUCGCGAAAUUGAACUCAAUGGCAAGAAGUCCAUAAUUAUAUACGUGCCUAUCCCCAAACUGAAGGCUUUCCAGAAAAUUCAGGUACGCGUUGUACGGGAAUUGGAAAAGAAAUUUAGUGGAAAGCAUGUUGUGUUCAUUGGAGAAAGAAAGAUUCUUCCCAAGCCUACAAGGAAGACUCGCACGAAGAACAAGCAAAAGCGACCCAGAAAUCGAACACUUACUGCCGUUUAUGAUGCCAUUCUGGAAGAUCUCGUCUUCCCAGCUGAAAUAAUGGGUAAAAGAAUUCGUGUGAAACUUGAUGGCAGCCAGUUGAUAAAAGUGCAUUUAGACAAAAAUCAACAAACAAAUAUAGAACAUAAGGUCGAUACAUUUGCAUCAGUUUACAAGAAAUUAACUGGUCGGGAAGUAACAUUUGAAUUCCCUGAACCUUAUGUUCCAUUGUAAUAUGUUCAUGUAACAGUUCUUUAAAUGAUAAAUUAAAAAAACUAUCAGAAUAGUGGAAUUUCAUAUACAUUCCUUUCUUCAUUUGUAAUGCUAAAAAGUAUUACUUAAUCUAUUAGAUAAAGUGAGUUGAGUUAAACUGUUGACCUUGGGGUGUUUAUUUAUUAAUGGGACAUACCCAUGAUCCACAUGGUAAAAUUACAAAAUAAAUUAGUUAGGUUGUAUAGCUUAUUAGUUUAUAUAAAGAAAGAAUGCAUUUCAACAUUAUCCACAUAUUCAAUGACAAGAAAGAAAGUGUGCAAUAAAUUGGGCAAAAAUAACCAUAUCUGGAACACAAUGUUAUGGGGAGUUAUAAAUAUCCAAUUCUCUCUAUUUUAAACGGAAUUAAUAGAAAGUAGAUUCUUUGAAGUAACCACAACUUGUCCUGCUCUUAACGAUCUGAAUGUGAUCUUAUUAGGCAGGGUAAAAAAUGAAUAAUAUGGAUUAUAAUCCACAUUAACAUUAGAAAACAAACUACUAUUGACAAAUGUUGGGUAUGUCAUUAGCACAUUUCUUUAAAGAUCACAUAAACUGUUGCAGAUUUAGUUGGCGAUCUAUAUGAUUAUGUGCUUCAGUACACUUAAUUUGAUGAAUAUUUAUAAUAAGAGAAAACAAUAUUGUUAAUCACCAGCAAUUAUUGUGAAUUUCGAUACAAAUCUAUGAAAAUUCUUGAUCUUGUAUUGAUCACAUUUUUCAAAAGAUAAUUUAUUCUUUUUUUUUUUUUCUUC